AUGAAAAAAAUUAUUUCUGCACUUAGUAAAAAAAUAGCUGUAACAAUUCAACUCGCCAACAAUCAAAUUGGAACAGAAAAACAAAAAUUUAACUUAACCGAAACACAAAUAAAUAAAUUAAACAAAUCUAAGAAAGAAAAUAGAGGAUCGAAGUUAGAAUUAAAAUUUGAACAAAUCAAACAAGGAGGAUUUCUUCUACUUCUUUAUGCUGGAAUAGGAGCAGCAAGUGCAUUAGCUGGCGGAGUUAGUUCGAUUGCAAAUACUAUUAUAGAAGGAAAACAUAAGAGACCGACAGAAAAAGAACAAGAAUGA